CAGAAAGGUUACCAUCAGUGAAAUAACAGCAGCUGCCGAGGGUCAGUACGAAUGCGAGGUCAUGAGGGAGGCACCCUUUUUCGAAAGAGAUUCUGAAACACAGAACCUUACAGUCAUCAGACUCCCAGAUGAUCCAGAAAUCUUUGGGAUCCGAAGCUCUUACAAAGUGGGAGACGUUCUGGAGGCGACUUGCACAGCGCGCCACUCAUGGCCCUCUUCUAGAAUCUCCUUCACUAUCAACAAUGAACGUGUUCCUCCGGAACCAGGUCGCGUGCAGAGCCUGGGCGUGUCAGAGGAAAAGGGUAAUUCCUAUUUCCCGAAUGGGUCCUACACCUCCACCAGCAAACUGAUCCUGCCCUUGGAGAGACGUUUCUCGUCCAGCCUCCGCCUGGGGUGCCACGCCCACGUGCAGUCCUUGGAGAAGGCCAGUUUCGCCUCCGUUGAGGUAGAUUCCGGAAUUUCUAGCAUGUUCUCCUUCUUCAAUGCAGGCGUUGCUUGUUGGACUUCAAACAUCAUUCUAAUCUCCGUGACUUUGACGAUGCCUCUACUGCUCCUGAAUCAUUUGUAAUGUUUCUUUCCUGAAAAUGAUUCUUAAUGGGGAGACUUCUUGUAAAGAUUCUCAUCUUCCGAAGACAAAGUGACAAGAAAAUGCAGGGAACACGGAGGAUAGACGAUUUUGUAGCAGGGAAGACAGCACUGAAAUAUGCAGCUUUCUCUUAACGAUAAAAGAGAAAUUUCUCUGGUGUUGGUUCUCCUCUUCCGAAGACAACGAACUGCAUAACAGGAAAAUCAAAGUGAAGAUGAACAAUGGAAAAAUAGAAAAAAAAGUAUGACUGAAUUCUGUUUCGACCCAUAAAUUGAGGACAGAGUUGAAGAAGAAGAACAAGAACAAGAAAAAGAAGAAAGAAAAAGGGGGUGAACGAAGAAAACAAAACUUAUUAAGUUUUCCUUUUUCAAAGUGACGAGCGAUAAAAAAAGGAGAAUGAUGGUUAAAAAGCAAUAGAUGGGUAGAAGAACUGACGAAUCAGCGAGGACAGAGGAGAGAGACUUUGUGAAAUACAUUUUACUUAUACUCAUCGACGUUCCAGUACAUCUGGCCGAACGGCAGAACCUCAAUCAAAAGUACAUUUGCCCCAUUAUACAUUCACAUUUCUUUUUCCUUAGCGUUCUUUUUUUUAAUUUUCAACGAUUAUUUAUUAUAAAUGUAUACGCCUGACAUGAGAAACACUUGAAACAUUAUCUUUCGCUAAUAUUUUUCGUCACAUUCAACGUUACUGAAUUUGGAUUUAUCAGGUGAGAUGCACCUUUUUUAUUCUUUGCAUUAAAGAAUUAGAAACAUCUUUCGCCAAUUAUACCAUUCACUUUGUUAUAAAUCCGUUCAGGGUUGUGACUGAAACGAAGUUUUGUUUAGUGAACUGUCCCUUCGACAUCCCCUUCAGCCAAAUUUCUGAACAUUUUCAUAUGAGGUAUUAAGUAGUGAACACGAUGGUUUUUCUUUAUUUGAUAAUUUCAGUUAGAAAUUUUUAUUAAAGUACAAUAACUAUCCUCGACUUAUUAUCAAUGGAUUCGCUUUUUUAUAACCAUAAUGUGAAGAAAAGUCCAGGUUAGAAUGAAUGAACAGAAAUAACUCAAAAUAUCAAAGAAGGAAUUUCCGACUGGAACAUAAGAAGAAAAUGCGGUCACAAAUAUUUAAAUGAAAUAUAAUUCCGUUUAACAAAAGAGGGUUCCAUGACAAUGCAUUCUCAAUAGUGUUUUAUUUUAUUUUUUUUUUAUUUGUUUACAGUUACAUUAUAGUCUUGUGACUGGAAAUAAAAUUUGUUCACCGAUAUUCACAUACAUAAAUACUACAUAAAUACAUGCAUAAGUAAUCUAAAUAUAAUAUUUAAAUACCAUACAUUAGUGUACAAAUUCAUGUAUGUUCUUCUGUAAGUUGUUCAAAAUGUACAUAAAUAUUUUUAAAAAUACAUUCAUAAAUGCUGAGUGCUUAAACAAAUGCUUCUUUUGUCUACGGUAACACCUAAAUAAAAGAAAUGUUGAGUAAACAUGAUGAAAUAAACGUGGAGGAAACAUGAGACCGUUUUAUGAAGAAAAUGUCCCCACACAACUAAGGUGAAUUUGAAAAAAAAAAAAAUUAAAAUAAUAACAUAAAUUACGAGAAGAAUGAUAUAAAAAAUCUACGACAAUCAAAAAUGCGACCUUCAGAGAGAGAGAGAGAGAGAGAGAGAGAGAGAGAGAGAGAGAGAGAGAGAGAGAGUUGUUUUGUAAAUUCUUUUAGGGUGCAAAUCAUAAAACAAAGACCGUGGUCCAUGAAUAAUUGAAAGAUAACUAUGAUCUCUCUCUCUCUCUCUCUCUCUCUCUCUCUCUCUCUCUCUACCCUUCUUACACUUCCUUAUCAUUUCUAUAUUAUACAAAGACACAGGAGCACCCUCACUCUGUCUUAGUAUUUUCACCCUAUGAAAAGAUACAAGAAUUCUCUCUCUCUCUCUCUCUCUCUCUCUCUCUCUCUCUCUCUCUAAAUUGUGUGUGCAUAAAUAAAACAAAAUAGCCGGUGGACUCUAUUCUUUGGGCUGCCUUGAAUUUAUCAGGGGUUUAUUCUCAGGCUUUCAUAGUCAAGAUAUUUCUCCAAUGUGGCGGAGAGAGAGAGAGAGAGAGAGAGAGAGAGAGAGAGAGAGAGAGAGAGAGAUGAAAGAUUCUAACGCUUUUCCUAGUUCAUUUUACCGGGUAUGAGAUCGGUGAGUCGUUUAUUCUCUUGUUGAUAAUGUAAAAUACAUUAGCUAAAUUAAUUAAACAAAAUAUUUAGUUGGAAUCAGAAGGUGACUGACUAGUCUCUCGCUUUCCACGGAUUUACUGUUGCCUUUCACUUUGUGUCAGAAAGCACUUUGUUUCACAAAUUGUUAACUACGUUAUUUAUAUAUCUACCCGUCUAUAUAUCUCGUUUUCUUGUAGCGAGGAUGGUUACGAAUUGUGUUAGCUUUUCAGUCUUAGAGGGAGCCUGCUAGCCCAGAACUUGAUUUACCCUAUUACUACGCUACACAGUCGACUAACUUACAGUUACCAAAUUC